CACAGCUUCCGACCUGCAAAUUAGUUUAGCACAGGCCCCGGGCGAAAAGCGCCUGCGGGCCUGCACUGUGCUGCAACGCUGUCCCAUAGCUCGUAACAUUUUACAUACUCAUUACAUAUCAGGCACUUAGUGCAAGCGAGGAGCCAUGGGAGUAAAAGGCUUGUGGAAUCUGCUGGAGCCAGUGGGCCGACGCAUCAACAUUGAGGCGAUUGCCAACAAGCGUCUUGCUAUCGAUGCGUCCAUCUGGCUGUUUCAGUUUAUGAAGGCCAUGCGCGACGACAAGGGCGACAUGAUGCGCAACGCGCAUCUUCUGGGCUUCUUCCGCCGCAUCUGCAGGCUGCUAUUUCACCGUGUGCGACCCGUGUUCGUGUUCGACGGCGCCACCCCCGCGCUCAAGCGCCACACCAACAUCGCGCGCCGCCGCCGUCGCGAGGCGCAGCAGGGCGUGCUGCGCAAGACGGCGGAGAAGCUGCUCAUCGCGCAGAUGAAGAAGCAGGCCCUGCAAGCCGCCAAGGCGCAGCAGCAGGGCGCGCGUGGAGCCGGCGCUGGCGCUGCUGCUGCUGCCGGAGCGGGUGCUGCUGCCGGCGCGGGUGCUGCGGCUGGACCUGCUGUCGGCUCCGCGGCGCCAACGGAGUCCGCUUCAGGCGCUGCUGCCGGCGGGCGCGGCGGCAGGGGUACGGCAAGAGCACAGCCCCCCGUGCCGCCGCGGCCACCGACUGCGUCAUUGCAAGCCGCAAGCGCUGCGGGAGCGGGCCCCUCACGACCUGGGCCGGGGCCGUCUGGAUCCGGAGGAGCGGGUCCGUCUGGAUCUGGGGGAGCAGGUCCGUCUGGAUCCGGGGGAGCCGGUCCGUCUGGAUCCGGCUUCAGAGCGGGUCCCUCGGGAUCUGGAUCCGGAUCUCAGGCGCCUGCUGCCGCCGCCGAGGUGAUUGACGUGGAUGACGAGGGCGCCAUGCGGCGGCUGGCCACCGGCAAGAGGCCCAUGACGCGGGAGGAGGAGGCGGCGUGGCUGGCGCGCAAGGCGGCCCAGGAGAUGCCGCCUCCUCUGCCGCGGCCGCCGCGGGGCCCGGCAGCGGAGGCGCUGGCUGCGGCUGACGAGGCCCUGGCUCGCGAGCUGGACUUGCAGCUGAACAGCCGCACGGCAGCGGCAGCGGUACCAGCAGCGGGUGCUGCUGCUGCGGGGCCUUCUGGGGCUGGUGGGGCUGGGGCUGCUUCGGGGACUCGGGCGGUUGGCUCGGCCGCCGGUGCAGCAGGAGGAGCGGCAGGGGGAGCUGGAGGGGCAGCGGGAGCGGCGGGAAGAGGAGCCGCAGCAGGCGUGAGGCUGGCGGCCGGGCGAGCAGCAGGACGCCCUGCGGUGGCGGCGGCGGCUGGGGUGGCGGCGGCGGCCGCGGCCGUGGCGGGUACGGGCGCGUACGGCAGCGCGGAGGACUGGGAGGACGUGGCGGGCGGCGCGCUGGGAGAGGGCGGCGACGGCAUGUCUGAGGCGGAUGCGGCUGCCAUUGCGGCGGCACUGGCGGAGGACGAGCGCGCGGGGGAUGAUGAGAUGAAUGUGGAGGACAUCGACCCCACGGCCGCGAUGCGGUUCGACCCCUACUUCAACGCCUACGUGCUCGACGCGGACGCCUCCCGCCGCCCCACCGCCGCCGCCACCACCGCCGCCGCCACCUCCUCCAUCUUGGAAGCCCAGCGUCGGUCCGCCCGUCCCGACGGCGACGGUGAUGACGACCUUGGCGACGACGACGAGGAGGAUGAUGAUGAUGCGGAGCUGCUUGCCUCCAUGAUUGCCCUGCCAGAUGACCCCAGUGCCGUGGAUCCCGCGGUGCUGUCCACGCUGCCCACCUCGCUGCAGCUGGAGCUGCUGGACAAGAUGAGAGACGCGGCUGCGGCGGCCAACCGCGAGAAGUUCCAGGUGGCAGCGCGCGUGCGGCCCGAGUCGUUCUGCGAGGUGCAGAUGUCCACCUACCUCAAGGCCUCGGCGUUCCGGCAGCAGCUGGAGGCGUACAAGCAGAACCUGGGCGGAGCCGGAGGCAGCGGCGGCGCGAACGGCGACAACGUGCAGGUUCGGCGCAUCAUGGGCGAGGAGGGACGCGAGUACUUCUUGGCGCGCGACAACGAAGAGGACGGGGGAGCGGGUGCAGGCGGCCGCGGCCGCGGGAGCGGGAGUGGCAGUGGCGGUGCGCGGGGCCGCGGGCGCGGGCGCGGCGCCGGCGCCGGCGGCAAGCACGACCAGCUGGCAAUCGCGGCGGCGGCGCGUGCGGCGGCGCGCAACGUCGGCAUGCCGCCCACCCUGACCGCGUCCAUCCCUCUCGCCGCGUUUAAGGGCUUGGCGGCGGUCACCAACACCAAGCUCCCGCACGCGGCCUCCGCGCCGGCGGCGGUGGCGGCCGGCGGCCGGGGUGCCGGUGGUGCGGCAGGCGGCGCCGCCGGCGCUGGAAGGGCAGGAGCCACGGCUGGAGGCGGAGGUGGAGCCGGGGGCGGAGAAGGGGCGGGGGAGUUGCUGGCAGGCGCAGGGGUGGUGGCCAAGGGCGCGACGCUGGAGCUGCGUCUGUCAGACGGCGAGGGCGGCGGCAGUAGCGACAGCGCCAAAGGAAUGUUCGGCAGUAGCAGCAGCGGCAGCGACGCCGAGCGUGACGCUGGCGGCGCCGCCGGAGCCCGAGCGCCGUGGGGACUGGCCUCUUCCGUGUUGGCCGCAGACGGCCUGUCGAGCGGCGCAGGUGCUACGGUUACUGCUGCUACUGCCGCAGCCGCCGGUCCUCCUGCCAGCAGUGGUGCUACUGCCGCAGCGACUGCUUCUGCUACUGCCGCUACUGCCAGCUCGGCGCCGGCGGCGCUGCUCGACGACGUGGAGUGGGAGGACGUGGAUGUGGCCAAGGAGGCGGCGGCGCCGUCGGUGGCAGCUGCGGCCGUGGCUGGCACCGUGGCGCGGCCGCGCGACUGGCGCGAGCGCAUGCAGUCGCGUCAGAAGCUGUGGAGCAGCAGCCACGGCUUCCGUAUGGGCCGCAAGCUGGCGGACUGGGGCGCGGCGGCGGCGGCGGCGGGGCAGCAGCAGGGGUUGACCGCGCGGGGGCGCGGGCGGCGGAGAAAGCAGGCGCAGCAGCAGCGGAAAAGGAAGGAGGCGGCGGCAGGAGGGACGGGGUCGGGGUCAGGAGGCCGGCGGACGAGCAGCAGCGGCGCGGAGGGCGAGGGUGAGGGCGCGGAGGAGGAAGAGGACGGGGAGGAGCUCGAUGCUGAGGUGGUCGAGUUGGGGGACGAGGAGGAGGAGGACGAGGACGCUCUGUUGCAGGAGGCGAUUCGGCAGAGCCUGCUCGACAGCGCGCCUGCCGGCGGCGGCGGCGGCGGCGGCAGUGGUGGCGCCGCCACGCUGCCUGCUGGGGCCCAACCUCGGGCACAGGGUCAGCAGCCGCAUCUUCAGCAGCGUUCGCAGCCAUCGCAGCGGCAGCCAUCAAGUACGCAGGAGAAUGGCUCAGAGCAGGAGGAUGACGGCUUCGAAUGGGAGGACGUAAGUGAGGCCGUGCAGGUGGUGGAGCUGGGCACAAGCAAGCAAGCCGCUGUCACUGCCGGCAAGCGGCCGGCGGAAUCGACAGCUGCUACAGCUGCUACUGCCAGCGCUGCGACUGCCGCAACCGCGGCGAGGCAGUCGCCCGGCACGCAGAUCCCCACCCCUGCUACAGCCGCAGCCCUGGUUUCGCACACUGGCGCUGUGGGCGGUGGUGCUGCUGCUACUGCCGCCCUUCUUGCGCCACGCCGCGGCCCUUUGGCGCUGGCGCCGGCAGGCGCGGCUGCAGCGGUGGCGGACGCCCUCGGACGCCCUCGGACGUCAGCCACCCGCACUGCGCCAGCUGUCGGUGCAGCCGCCGCCGCCAUCCCCUCCGCUACCACUGCUACUGCCACGGCCACUACUACAGCCACUGCUACAGCCACUGUUACAGCCGCUGCUACAGCCGCCGUCGGCGACGGCGACGGCGACAGCGUCAGUGACGGCGACGUGAUCUGGGAGGCGGCGGAUGCUGACCUGGAUGCCCUGGAGGCCGCCAUGACAGCACCGCGACCCGCAGCUACUGCCAGUGCUACUGCUGCCACUGCCGCUACAGCUGCAGCCGCUGCUACAGCCAGAGUUGGUGCCGCUGCAAGUGCAACAGCCGCGGGCCGAACAUCAGCAGCUGCAGCGGCACCGGCAGCAGCACAGGCGGCAGCACAGGUGCCGGCGGGCCCAAGUCUUGCGGGUGACGAUGACGACUUCGAAUGGGAGGACGCGCCGGUCGUGUGGGAGGCAGCGGCGGCCGUGGGUGCUGUGCGUCUGGGCUCCCCAGCUCCGGCUGCGGCUGCUGCAGGUGGAGCUGGCGGUGGCAGUAGCAGGCUGGGACUGCUGGGCCUGUCGCGCCUGGGCGCCCAGGCCCACACCGCCGCCGCCGCCGCUGUGUCCGGCGCCGCCGCCGCGGGGGUUGCGUCUGGCGGCGGCGUCGGUGCGGGUGCGGCGCCUGCGAGCCCCGAGCCGAGGGUGAAGGCCAGCGUCGCCGCCAGCCGGGCGGAGCUGCUGGCCGCGAUGGCGGCCGCGCAGCGCCGUGCCGGCGGCGGCGGCGGCGGCAGUGGCGGUGGCGGUGGCAGUGGCAGUGGUGACGGCGGCGAUGGGGCGGAUGAUGUGGAUGAUGUGGACGAUGCUGUGGGCGCGGGCGUCAGUGCCGCGGCGGCGCGUAGCCUGAUUGCCGCGAUCAACAGCAGUAGCAAAGAGUUGCUGGACGCACCAGCAGGCGGCAGCGCUGGCGGCGUGGCAGCUUCCGGGUCAGUCCUGCUUGCGGCGCCCUCUCGGGCGGCACUGCAGGCUGGCAGCAGUGGCGUGCUGGGGCCGGCAGCAGCAGCAGCAGCAGCAGCAGCAGCAGCACCCGCACCCGUCGUAGUAAGCGCUGCCGCGCCGGUGGUGAACUCCCGACCAGAACUGGCACAGACCAACAGCGGCGCUGACAAGCAGCAAUUUGCGGCUUACGAGCUUGCUGACGAGGACGCCGAGGAUGAAAUGGACUUUGCUUUCGACUUUGUGGAGGAGCCCAUUGUGGACCAGCCGCCGGCGUCGCCGCCGCCCGCACAGCUGCAACGGGCGCCCCAGCUAACAGCGCAGUCGCCGGCCACACCGCCCGAGCUACACACAGCCCCAAGCGCUGCUGAUGCUGCUGCUACUGCUGCUGCCGCCACCUCUUCACCACCGUCCUCGCCGCAGCACCAACAGCAGCCGCAAGGCGCGGCUGCCUUUCCCACAGGUGUGCGGGCGUUGCCGCCACCGCCGCUGGCUGCGCCUCAGCAACCGACAGCUGCCGCGCAGCCCCAGCCGCGCCUCAACCCAAGCCUUCCAGCCAGCGCCGCCGUGACCGCCGCGACUGCCGUGACCGCCGCUGUUGCGCAUCCAGCAACCAAUGCCGCUACCGCCGCCGCCGCUGCCGCGGCCGCCGCGGCCGCCGCCGACGACGACCCGUCGCUUCUUGACGACGAGGACGCCGGUGAGCAGGCGGCGGCAGACGGCGGCGGCGGCAGCGUUGAUGGUUGGGAUGACGAGGACGCGGACUGGUUUGAUGAAGACAUAGAAUUCGUGCCGGAGCGCGACAAGCGCCCGCCGCCGUCGCCGCCGCCGCAACAGCGCCAGCUGCAGCAGCCGGCAGUAGCAGCAGCGGCUGUAGCAGGAGGAGGUGCGCCGGCAGUAGCAGCACCGCAGCCGCGACAGCAGCAGCACCAGCCGCAGCAGCAGCCCCUCAUGCGGUCCGCUGACCCGCUACAGCCGCUUGUAGACCGGCCGCCGGAGGCGCCGCAGGGCACGUUCUUCUUCACAUCGCCGCCCGUCGUUGCCACCGCGCCCGCUACUGCCGCUCCCGCGCCACCCCAGGCCGCUGCUGGCGGGGUGGCCGGUCGCCAGGGCGGCACGGGCGCGUACGGCUAUGAGUCGGAGGCGGAGGCAGCAGCGGCAGAGGCAGGAGCAGGAGCUGGAGGAGCAGCUGGAGUAGCAGGGGCGGGUCCGGACAUUGAUGAGCUGCUGGAGGCGGUGGAGGUGGAGGAGGCGCAGCUGCGGGGGGCGCAGGCCCGCGCCAGCCGCAACCUGGAGGCUCCCACCACGGAGAUGUACCAGGAGUGCCAGGAGCUGCUGCAGAUGUUCGGGCUGCCCUUCAUCGUGGCGCCCACAGAGGCUGAGGCUCAGUGUGCCUACCUGGAGCAGGCGGGGCUGGUGGACGGUGUGGUCACGGACGACAACGACGUCUUCCUGUUCGGCGGGCGGCACGUGUACAGGCACAUCUUCGAGAACAAGAAGUAUGUUGAGGAGUACAACAUGGCCGAUGUGGAGCGGGAGCUGGGCCUGGGCCGGGAGCGGCUGGUGGAGCUGGCGCUGCUGCUGGGGAGCGACUACACAGAGGGCUGUGCGGGCAUCGGCAUCGUGAACGCGCUGGAGGUGGUGCAGGCCUUCCCCGGCCGCGAGGGGCUGGCGCGCUUCCGCACCUGGGUGGAGGCGCCGGACGCGGGGCUGGUGGCGGCGGCGCGGCACCUGGCGGGCGAGGAGGCGGGAGACGGCGACCUGCUGCCUGACGACACGCCGGCGCAGCAGCGCUUCAAGCGGCAGCACCGCGGCGUGCGCAAGAACUGGCAGGUGCCCGCCAGCUUCCCCUCCGCCCCCGUGCUGGAGGCAUACCUGGCGCCCCGCCUGGACCCCAACAAGAACAAGUUCGGGUUCGGGCGCCCAGACCUGCAGCUGCUGCGGCAGUUCUGCAGCGACAAGUUCGGCUGGGGCGGUGACAAGGUCGACGAGCUGCUGCUGCCGGUGCUGCGUGAGUUCGACAACCGGCAGGCGCAGCUGCGUAUGGAGCAGUUCCUCAGCUUCAGCACAAGGUUCGCCAAGAUCAAGUCCAAGCGCCUGCAACACGCCGUGGCGGGAAUGACCGGCCACGCGCCGGCGGAGGAGCUGGUGCUGGGUGACGGGAUCAAAGUCACGCCCAAGAAACACAAGUCGGGCGCCGCGGCCGUGGCGGCCGCCGCAGCAGAGGUGGCGGCGGCGUCAGCCUCCCCCAACAGCGGUGCUAACGUAGGCAGCGGCCAGGGCACGCCGGCUGCGUCCCCGGGCGACACGGACCGGAGUGGUGGCCGCGGCCGCGGUCGAGGUCGAGGCCGGGGCGGUGGCGGCGGAGGGCGAGGGCGAGGCCGCGGUCGCGGUCGCAGGGGUGGCACCGCCGCCGCGAGUGGGGGCGGCACGCGGCGCCGCCGGCGCAGCAGCGGCGAUGCAGAGGAGGAGGACGGCGCAGAGGGGGAGGAUGCGGGUGGCGAUGGUGGCGGCGAGGCAGCAGGCGAGGAUACAGGUGCAGCUGCAGCCGCUGGGGGUGCUGCAUCCAGCCCCGGGCAGUCGCCUCCGACGCAGUCGGAGGCUGCGGGGCAAAAUGCCGCUGCAGCUGUUGCUGUGGGUAAACCUCCGCCGGCAAAGCGCCGGAGGACGGGCACCAAAGUUGCCAAGCAGGCAACCACGGCAGCGGCUGCAAGUGCGGCUGACGCAGCCGGAGGCGACAGGAAUGACUGAAGUGCGCAGGCGUGCGGGACGAGAAGGCGCUUUUCAAAGUGGAUAGUCCCGGGGAUGACGUGUGCGUCUUGCUGAUGCGUUCCAAGUUCCAAGUUCCAAAUUGGUGUUAUGGUGAGGACAACGAUGUGAGAGAGGUUGCGUAGUGGCGCCACUGGGUGCACUCAGAAGCGCAGCUGUGCUACCGGAACCGGCGAUCGGGCGACUGCGGGCGCGGGGGUUCCGACACUGGCGUGAUGGAAAGACUGUCGCUAGUCGAUUAGCUUGAGCAUAUUAUACCACUGUAUACUUACUUGCAUGUGACUGUUUGCGUCACCACGACAACGACGGGUGCCUUUUGCUUUUUGCUUUGC